UGCUAACUGGAUAAGCCCCCUUAAAACUCCAUUCCCCUUCUUACGACCAAUCUCUCUCUCUCUCUAGAAUGGAAACCGCUCUCCUUUCCUUCCCUUCAUCCAAGCCUCCACCUUCCCAAACCCAAACUCUGAAACCCACAAACCCAUUUUUACACUCUUCCAAACCCAAGUUCCCUUCCUUCAAACCCACCACCCCUUUCCCUUCCAUCAAAGCAGCCAUUUCCCGUACCAAAAAGGAAGAAACGGUUGAAACGGUUAAAAGCCAAUUAGAGAACUGUUACCUUAUAGCAGCUGUAAAAUACACUGGUUUCACUGUUAAGCAAUUCCAGGAAUUACGUAGAUCACUUCCAGGGUCAUCCAAGCUGCUUGUAGCUAAAAAUACUUUGGUUUUCAAGGCUAUUGAAGGAACUCCCUGGGAAGCCUUGAAACCUUGCAUGAAAGGCAUGAAUGCUUGGCUUUUUGUUCACAGUGAAGAAAUCCCAGAUGCUAUUAAGCCUUACAGGACGUUUCAGAAGGAAAAGAAGGUUGAAAAUGACUUCACAGGGGCUGUUUUUGAAGGGAAGUUUUAUGGGCCUGGAGAGUUUAAGCAGUUGGAAAAUAUGCCUACCAGGGCUGAGAUUUAUGCUAAGCUUCUGGGAAGUUUACAGAGUCCUGCUAUUGGACUUGUUGGGACACUCCAGGCUCCUGCCAGGGAUGUUGUAAUGAUUUUGCAGGCUUAUGUGAAGAAGCUGGAGGAGGAAAGUGGUGGGCAAUAGUGGGGUUUUCAAGAUUCUUUGGUAGAGGAUGGAGAUUUCUUGUACUUCUCAAACUUCAUGGACUUCGAUACGCACAGAAGAGAGAAAAAUAAAACAACAAUCAGCAUUUCCUAGUGAAUUUGGUUACUGCUGCAAAUCUUGGUCUUGUCUAAACCAGCUCCCAUGCAUGACAUUUCUUUAGAACUGAAGUUGAAUGGUAAAGCUAAAAAUUCAGUUACUUCAUCUGAGGGUUCUUACUCCGGUAUUUUUGGUCAUUUAUCAUUGUAUGCAUAAAUUAAGCUUGCUAGAUUAUGGGGAACUUGAUCUUUUUCUCCUCAAGAAGUCUAUUUCUGUCCUGGAUCUACAUGUAAAUGGAUCUUUUGAGAUGCUUGGGCUGUCUUUUAAGUUAGUUAGAUUGGAGAUAGGCAGGCCUGAUUUUGAUUGAUACCUGUUUUGUUCCUGAAAUUUGUAUCUAACAAUUAGUACUAGUUGUUUUCAUCUAAGCUCUUACAAGCUGCAGAAAGGAAAGGUUUCAUUU